GUGCGCUGGCUCUACGUGGAAAGGAAAGGAAAGGAACAUGGAGUAACGACUGUAUUCUAUUCGGUAAAUUUGCACCCCUGUGUCGUUUAAAAUUAGGACAGAAAGGUUUAAACAAUGUUUAAAAGCUGGGGGUCGUGGCUCGGGAUCGAAUCCGAGCCGGGAUAUAAAACUGAAAUUGCUGAAAGCAUCGAAACAUCCGGAAGUGAGAAAUUCACAAAAGAUGGUGAAGUAAACAAACCUGAAUCUGAAGAGAGCAGCAAUGAUCAACAGCAAGCCUUUGUGCAAGCUAAAGGUCUGAGUGGAUACAUUUUUAAUUUUGCCAGCAAUGCCACCAAGAAGCUCUCCGAAUCAGUGGCAGAAACCGCCAGCACCAUCAAGAGGAGCGUAGAAGAGGGUAACAUUGAUGGCCUAAUUGACAAGACCAUACUGGGAGAUUUCAAAAAAGAACAGGACAAGUUUGUGAAGGAGAAAAAUACCAAGAAAACAGAUGUUGCAGUGCCUCCCUGGGUGGGAUACAGUGAAGAGGAGACCAUUCAGCAGCAGAUUCUGGCUUUAUCAGCUGAUAAGCGUAACUUUCUUCGUGACCCUCCGGCUGGUGUGCAGUACCAGUUUGAUGUUGAACAGAUGUAUCCCAUCGCACUGGUGAUGCUGCAGGAAGAUGAGCUCCUCAACAGGAUGCGCUUUGACCUGGUUCCAAAACACGUGAAGGAGGAGGUUUUCUGGAGAAAUUAUUUCUACCGAGUGUCCCUGAUUAAGCAGUCGGCACAGCUCACCGCACUGGCAGCACAGCAGCAGGCUGCCGAGAGGAGAGACGAGGACAAGAAUGGAGGCUCACCACAAACUGAGAGCAUACCAGAAACCAGAAGACCAAAAACGCCUCCUACAGCCAUCAGCGCCAAGCCAAAGUCCACUGAGAUUAAUGAGGAGGAGAUCUCCACCAGUCCUGGUGUCUCUGAGUUUGUAAGCGAUGCAUUUGAUUCAUGUAACAUCAACCAGGAGGACCUGAAAAAGGAAAUGGAACAGCUGGUGCUUGACAAGAAAGAGGACACCUCCCCACAGGAUGAAGACACAGCCGAGUGGGAGCGGGAGCUGCAAAGGGAGUUACAGGAGUACGAGGUGGUGGCAGACACAGAAAACCGUGAUGAAAACUGGGAUCGUGAGAUUGAGGAGAUGUUACAAGCUGACAGCUAAAGCUCCAACUUCUGUUUGGGAUGAAAACUGUACCUGAGAGAAAAAAGCCGAAACGUUUGGACCAGAGAAAAUUCGACCAAGAAAGUCACUACAUUAAAAGGCUUAGUUAAAUAUUCCA